AUGCAUUAAUAUCAAGAAGCUUUACUUAAAAAUACAUGUACUCUUCUAUCUUUUAAUUAGCGAGAGGAGACCAUAUCAUAGUCAAUCUAUAAAUAUAUAAUUCAACUGCAUAAUAGGAUAGAUAAUAAUUUAUUAAGGCAUUAUAAGAUUUGGCAAAUGAGAAAAAUACAAAACUUGAUGAUCAAACUCGUAUUUUAUAACUCCGAUUACCUGGUACUACAACCAUAGCUAAUAUUAAAUAAGAUCUAGAAAAAUAUUGCAAUUAAAAAAUUGUAAUCAAAUAAAUAUAUUAUAUUUAGAUUUUGAUGUGUGAAUCAAUGGUUCCAAAUCCAUUAGAUGUAAUAGGAGAUAUAAAAAGUACUAUUUAAAAACAAGAAGUUAAUUUAUAAUUGUGUUCAUAAGUAAUUGCAGGAUGA